CCAAAGCGCCGGACGCGUUUGAGGGCGACACUUGGCCUCGCCGCCACGCCGUAGUUCCCAUAGCAACGGCAGGGCCGCCACGGCCUACCUCGUUUUGCGCGACGGGCUUUUCCUGCCCGGUGGCCCGCCGGAGGGAAAACGGGCGGCCCGCUGCAGCCCAGGAGUCCCGACGCGGACGCUCCCCCACGAAGGGAUGCAUCGGACCAAGAAAGCCGAAGGCGCCAGAAAAACAGCAACUGGCAACGUGGGGCAGAGAUCGUCUACAGGCCGUGGAACGAGAGAGCAAAGCGAGAGCCAGGAGAGGAAGACCUGCUCAGCUCCUUCGGCGUCUCAGACUUUGGCCCUGAAGCCGCAGCCACGGCCGAGUGACCGUCUUAACCCCAAAACUAUUGACCCGUUCAAUAUUCAGUCAAGAGUACCUUCCACCUUUGCAGCCAUUUAUUCUAAAGGGGGCAUCCCUUGCAGAUUAGUCCAUGGCUCCAUAAGGCACACAUUGCAGUGGGACAGUCAUCCUGCAACACUUCAGUUUGACCCUCUUCUUAUUAAUUUAGCAGAGGGGCUGAAAGAAACGAGGCACCCCUACACAUUCAUCUCCCAGGAGGGCUUCAAAGAGCUGCUCUCAGUCGAAGGCGCUGCCCAGAAAACCCUCCCGUUGCUUCCUCGGCUCGUUCCGGUGUUAAAAAGUGCUCUGGUGAGGUCUCUGUGGCUGGAGGGCACAAUCACAGGUGGCGCUGGCCUUGUCUACCUUCUGGAACUUGCUCUGCUACACCCCCAGAUCAGUGAUUCUCAGCUUUGA